AUGGUGAUGGCCCACCUACUCCAAAAAAAACAAAAGGCUCAGGCAGGUAAGAAGCAGAAAAGUAAAUAUAAACAGAAAUUUCGAUCUGAAUGGUUAACAAACAAGGACUUCUCAUCUUGGUUAAGUGAGCACCCAACUGAUCCUCUUAAAGCUACGUGCACCUUAUGUGCCAUCACAAUGACGGCUGAGAUAAGUGUCUUAAAACGAAACAUAGAGGGUACAAAACACAAAGAUAAAAUUAAAGGGAUCAGUCAACAACCUUCAAUUUCAAACCUUUUUGAUAAAACAAAAAUGCAGUCCGCCGAUAGGAAAGUCAAACGAGCUGAGAUAAAGUUGGCGGCAUUUAUGGCAGAGCACAAAAUUUCACACGCUGUUAUGGAUCAUUUGAACGAUUUACUUCCUGACAUUUUCCCAGACUCCAGCAUAGCGACAAACUUAAAAAUGAAGCACAGUAAAUUACAAGUGGUGAUCACGAAUGUCUUGGGUGUAAGUGAAAAAGAGUCCAUCGUAUCUGAUUUGAAAUGCCAGAAAUUUUCUGUUUUAAUAGAUGAAAGUACAGACAUAGGUGUGGUCAAAACAAUGUGCGUUGUUGUGCAUUAUUACGACUCGGAAACAGGACGAGUUGUUAGUCGUUUUUGGGAUCUCAUCCAACUAUUUGAAGAAUCUACAGCGGACCACAGUGCCAAUGCCGAAUACCUUUUUAAUGCAAUCGUAUAA